AUGGCAUCAUCAUCACAUAGAUAUUUUGCUUUCUUAGCUCUUUACCUAGUCUCACUAAAGUUUUGUUAUUGCCAAAAUGAAACUAUAGAUGUCACCGGCUGGGGCAACGCCGGUGUUACUUGGUACGGUGAACCUGAGGGUGCCGGUAGCACGGGAGGAGCUUGUGGAUUUGGUUCGGUAGUGGUCAAUCCACCUUUAUACGCUAUGGUUUCAGCCGGGGGCCCUUCACUGUUCAACAAUGGUAAAGGAUGUGGAACAUGUUAUCAGAUUGUGUGCACCGGGAAUCCAGCGUGUUCGGGGAGACCAGUAACGGUGACGAUAACUGACGAGUGCCCCGGCGGUCCAUGCGCCUCCGAGCAAACCCACUUUGACCUUAGCGGAAAAGCCAUCGGUGCCUUAGCCAAACCUGGCCAAGCCGGUAAACUUCGAGCCGCUGGUGUUCUUCGUGUUAGUUUCAGACGUGCUCCUUGUUUAUAUAGAGGGACUAGUAUAGCUUUCCGUAUGGACGCCGGAGCAAAUCCAUUUUACUUGGCAUUUGUUGUGGAAUACGAAAACGGUGAGGGAGAUUUGGCCUACGUUGAGAUUCAACCGGCCGGCGGAAAAUUUAUCCACAUGCAAGAAAUGAGGUCCGCCGUGUGGAAGCUAAACUCCGGCGGUGCUUUGAGAGGUCCAUUCAGCAUUAGACUUACUUCCGGCGAGACUCAUAAAGUAGUCGUCGCUCAGGCUGUUAUUCCGGCGAAUUGGAAGGCUGGUGAGACUUACCGGUCAAUCGUUAACUUUUAG